GCCAACACUAACCCAGCUCUCCAUCAUGGAAAAUCUGACACCUGGCAGCCGUGCAGGAGAGGCUCGCAUGAGGAACUACAACUACCUGGCCCUGGUUCUUGGAGUCCUGUUGAUCCUCGUCAUCAUCCUGGGAAACGUCCUGGUGUGUCUGAGCGUGCUCACAGAGCGCUCUCUGAAGACCGCCACCAACUACUUCAUCAUCAGCCUGGCGGUGGCCGAUCUGCUGCUGGCCGUGCUCGUGCUGCCGCUCUACGUCUACUCUGAGUUCCUGGGAGGAACCUGGACUCUGAGCACCUCCAUCUGUGAUGCUUUGAUGACCAUGGAUGUGAUGCUCUGCACUGCCUCCAUCUUGAACUUGUGUGCCAUCAGCGUAGACCGGUACAUUGCCGUCGCAGUGCCCCUAAAAUACAACAGAAAUCAGUUCAGUGUUCGCCAACUGACACUCAUCACCGCAACUUGGGUCCUAUCUCUAGGCGUGGCCAGCCCAGUCAUCUUUGGUCUGAACCAGGUGCCGGGUCGGGAUCCUACGGUCUGCAAGCUGGAGGAUGAUCAUUUUGUGGUGUACUCAUCAGUCUGCUCCUUCUUCGUGCCUUGUCCAGUCAUGCUCUUCCUCUAUUACUGGAUGUUCCGUGGCCUGCGACGCUGGAGCAGUCGGAGCCGUUCCCAGGCCCAUCGGGUCGGCCGGAGAGGUCUCUCUUCUCAUCUGGCCUUGGCUCUUCGUAGAGCUAAAGACACAACUGGCAGCCAGGAGAAGGUUGUUUACACGGUACCUCCUAUAAGGCCCGCCUCUCCAUCCAUAUUCGCCAUGGCAAUGCCACGUGCGACUCUGCUGACGGAGGAAAACCAGCACGGGGCGGUGAUGGCAGCCGAUAUGGACCCGAUGACCCCUCAGAUGGACAGUGUGUCGGACGGCGAGCCCACCGGGAGGUGGGAGGGAAGCAGUCGCAGAGAAAAGGCCACUAAGAGAGGACGAAGGACCAGCAAGACCAGCCGGGUCAGUGGGAGGGAGCGCAAGGCCAUGAAGGUUCUACCAGUCGUUGUUGGUGAGCGUGUUCCUGGCUGGACGCCCUUCUUCACCGUCCAUGUCACCAAGGUGUUAUGUCGUUCCUGUGACAUUGGUCCCACCCUUAUUUCUGUGGUCACAUGGCUAGGUUAUGUCAACAGUGCUGUUAACCCAAUAAUCUACACGAUCUUCAACGCAGAGUUCAGGAACGUCUUUCACAGGCUGCUCUUCUGCCGGACUUGACGCUUUUAUCAUCGACUAUGAACUCAAACGUCCUCCAGAACAUCCAGAAAGUCGUCUGCUUGGAGUCUGAACCCUCUGAAGUCAAACAGUCUCUUCUUUUAGAACAAUCUUGUGUUUCUUAGAGCAGCCCAGAGGAUCAGAUGUUGGACAGAUGUUCCUCGGUAUCCGAGAGGUUCCAUGUUUUAACGCUGUUCUAGAUGAGGGUGGACAUCUGUGUUGCUGCAGAGACAAACAGAAAUCUGAAUGUUUGAUGAAGGUUUUGUAACUUGUAGCUGUUGAAUGUGUGCAAUGGGCAUGAUGGGAUGUAACUGAAAUUGAUGUUCUCCUUCUGGACAACAAAAACAAUAAAGCAGUGAAGAACAAAACCAACUACAGCUAAGGGUUGGUUUGUGGGUUUGGAGGCCAGUUGACUCCAUCCUAAAGCAAACCAACAGAGGAAAUGAAGAAGGCCUCGCUUUGAGUUUAGUUGGAGACCUCUUUGCCUGUUCUCAUCUUGACAUAAAGGAGACUCUGUUGUGUUUGCGCAGAGUCAAACACAACAGCAAGUGUGAACAUCAUGUUUUGCAGAGAGAAGUUCUGUUGCUGGUUCUGGAUCAGCCUGUUUCCUCUGUGCUGCUCUGGAGCACAAGGCUUUCUGUUGAGAUGAAUCACAUUCCCAGGCCUGGGAUCCGUUUCAGUCCCUCCAUGUUCCACCAUGGAAUAACACAUCUUGGGGGCAGAACAUCCCAAACCCAUUUCUUUGUCCUGAGUCACAAGCUGCAAAGCACCUGGAACAGAUCUGAGGUCAGCAGAACCUGAGACUUAAAGAUCAGAGCAGCUGAGACAGCAAAAGUCAUCUGGGCAAAUGAACCUUUAACUGUAUGAGGAGGCAGAACCACAACCAUAACCUAUUUCUGCUUCAAAGUCACAAGGUUUCAGUCAGCAUCUGGGAUCUGACUGGCUCCUGGUUCAGUGGGUCCAUCUCUGGUUCUGGAAACCAACUGGCUAUGAAGGUCCAGAGGUCUCCUGGUUCCUAGGAACUAUCCAGAUGGCUGAAAUGUCUUACAGCAGAGCUUUUCGACGUGUGGAUGGGGGCACCAGGCCUCUUUGUAGGGAACAAAAACUAUGAGCGUUUACCCAUUUUCACCAAGACUGGAUGUCUUGACACUAAAUGUGCAGUGUUGGAGCUAUUUAUUCUUUAUUUUUUUAUCUAUUUAAAUUUUGUUAGUUUAUUCUUAAACUUCUAGUUUUUUGCAUUAUUUACAGAGUUUAUUUGCAGGUUAAUAACUGAUUUUAUUUUUUGUUUUGUUUUCUUAUUUUUUCCUAUUUUUUAUUUGUAAGCCAGACAGGAAGUGAGGCGGGUCAGCCCACAUUCUAUAAGUGUAGGGGCCUGGUAAAGGACCAACAGGCAUUUGGGUUUGGGGCCUAUGGUUUUUACCAGUGCAAGAGAGGUCAGCAGGAGAGCAAAGAAACGUUUGAUCAUUGUAAUUGCUUGUA